UAAUUCAGAAAAAAAAAAAAAAAUUAAAGGCUCUGUUGUACUCGUGUCGGCUUUCGUGUCACUUUUAUAGAUAAUUAAUAUUACAUGAUAUUUUAAAAAUACAUGGGGCAAUAUCCCCGUUAAAUAAAAAUAUUAUUUAUAUAAAUUUUCAAAAAAAAAAAAAAGUGGGAAUUUUGUUGUGUAAAUAUCAUCAUGUCAAAUUUAACAAGGAUAUGUCAGUUAUUAAUUUUUUUGUCAAUUGGUUCAUUGCACUUUGUCAAAUCAGAUGAACAUAAUCACGUAUAUGAAGAUAAUGAACAAGUUGUUGUUUGGAUGAGUACAGUUGGUCCUUAUUCAAAUAGACAAGAAACAUAUUCAUAUUUUUCAUUGCCUUUUUGUAAAGGACUAAAAAGGGAUAUUAAUCAUUAUCAUGAAACAUUAUCAGAGGCUCUUCAGGGUAUUGAACUCUCGGUCAGUGGCCUUGAAGUACAUUUUAAAGAAAAUGUACCAUUUACGGAAUUUUGUGGUAUUGAACUUAAUGAGUAUAAUUUAAAAGCAUUUUUAUUUGCUGUUAAGAGUCAAUAUUUGUAUCAAAUGUAUAUUGAUAAUUUUCCACUUUGGGGUGUUGUUGGUCCACCACCUGAUGAUAAAGAUGACAAAAAUCAGUACAUAUAUACUCACAAAAAAUUUGACAUUGGUUAUAAUGGAAAUCAAAUAGUUGAUGUUAAUUUUACAGCUGAUAAUAAAAUAAAACUUGAGCCAAAUAUUCAUGUACCAUUUUCAUAUGAAGUUAAUUGGUACAAAAGUGAUAUAAAAUUUGACGAUAGAUUUGAUAAAUAUCUUCUACCAAAUUUUUUUCAACAUCGUAUACACUGGUUUAGUAUAUUUAAUAGUUUUAUGAUGGUUAUAUUUUUGGUUGGUCUUGUGUCAAUGAUAUUAAUGAGAACAUUAAGAAAAGAUUAUGCAAGAUAUAGUAGAGAUGAAGAAAUGGAUGAUAUUGAAAGAGAUUUGGGUGAUGAAUAUGGUUGGAAACAAGUUCAUGGUGAUGUAUUUCGUCCAGUUAGUCAGCCAAUAUUAUUUACAGCACUUGUUGGUUCUGGUUAUCAGGUGACAAUUGUCAUUUUAUGUGUUAUUAUAUUUGCAAUACUUGGUGAAUUAUAUACAGAACGUGGAUCAAUAUUAACAACAGCAAUAUUAACAUACGCUGCAACAUCACCAGUUAAUGGAUAUACUGGUGGUGGUCUUUAUGCUAGAAUGGGUGGUCGUAUUUGGAUAACACAAAUGUUAUUAAGUGCAUCAAUGUUGCCCUUAAUGGUUUGUGGUACUGCAUUUUUUAUUAAUUUUAUCGCAAUGUAUUAUCAUGCAAGUCGUGCUAUUCCAUUUGGAUCAAUGGUUGCUGUAACUUGUAUUUGUAUAUUUGUUAUUUUACCAUUGACACUUGUUGGUACAAUACUUGGAAGAAAUUUAGCUGGUACACCAGAUGCACCAUGUCGUGUUAAUGCUGUACCACGACCGAUACCAGAAAAAAAAUGGUUUAUGGAACCACUUGUUAUUAUUAUACUUGGUGGUAUAUUACCAUUUGGUUCAAUAUUCAUUGAAAUGUAUUUUAUCUUAACAUCAUUUUGGGUGUAUAAAAUUUAUUAUGUCUAUUAUGGAUUUAUGCUGUUGGUAUUUAUCAUACUACUUGUUGUAACUGUUUGUGUUACAAUUGUAUGUACAUAUUUUCUUUUAAAUGCCGAAGAUUAUAGAUGGCAAUGGACGAGCUUUUUGGCAGCUGGUUCAACUUCUGGAUAUGUGUAUCUAUAUUCAUUCUACUAUUUCUUCUUUAAAACAAAAAUGUAUGGCCUCUUCCAAACGACAUUUUAUUUUGGUUACAUGGCACUUUUCAGUCUAACACUUGGUAUUAUGUGUGGAACAAUUGGAUACGUUGGUACCAAUUAUUUUGUUCGUAAAAUCUAUUCAACAGUUAAGAUAGAUUAAAUAAUAUUAUUAUUUUUUUUUCUGUUCUCUUUUUGAUUAAAUUAGUUAUCUCCUAAAAAAAUAUAUGUAUGAUAAUAAUUAUAAUGAUAAAAAAAAUAUAUGCAAUGAUCAGUGUCGUUGUUGUUCCAUUGCAGGCACUGUGAUAUUGCAAGAAAUCAUUCGAUUAUUUGUGAAUUUAAUUUUCAUCAAAUUACUCAAAUCAAAAGUCUUUUUUUUAUUAUUAUUUUUAUUAUUAAUAUUGCUAUUUUGUUUAUUAUUGUUUUCAAUUAUUAGUUGAGUUCUUCUACUGUAAAAUAUGUUUCAUUUUUCGAGUGCGGGUAUUUUUUUUUUUGUUUUGAUAAACUGUAAUUGUAUAUGAGUUUGUUUCAAUCUAAUUUUUAAGUAAUAAAAAUUAAAGAAAAUCAUUGUGAG